AUGACCAUUACUCUCCAUCGUUCGGCCUUCUUUGAGGCUAUCCUCAAGCAUGAGGGGUCUUCGAUCGCUGUAGUGGAGAAUGAAUCUGGCGCAAGCUUCUCCUACAAUUCAUUGCUUAAUAGCGUUGCGCGUGCCAAAGAACAGUUACUCGCCAAGACGGGGAAAUGCGAUACUAGUAUUUCUGGCGAGAGAAUUGCUUUCUUGGUAGAAAGUGGCUAUGAAUAUGUUGUGACACUCUUGGCCAUUCUCGCCUGCAACGCCAUUGCUGUGCCACUAGCCCCUUCUUUCCCUGCGCCUGAGCUAAGAUACAUCAUCAACAACAGCGAGGCUCUCGCUCUCAUUUCUUCAGCCAAGUAUGUUUCCAAGGCCGAGGAAGUACUCGCGGAAGGCUUGGAUAGCGUCCCCUUGUUCUACCAACUCGAUGGAACGCGAAAUGUCUCUACGGUUGAGGAAGAAGUCAAGCUGCGUGACUUCUCCGAUGCACCUCGCGGUGGCAUGAUGCUUUUCACCUCCGGAACAACUGCACGACCCAAAGGUGUCGUUCUGUCUCAGACAAACCUCACAGCUCAAGCAAAGUGUCUUCUAGAAGCAUGGAAAUAUGCUCCAAGCGAUAGACUCUUGCACGUCUUGCCACUUCAUCACAUCCAUGGCACCGUCAACGCUCUUCUCACACCUCUGCUGGCAGGUAGCAGCAUUGAGUUCAUGUACCCGUUCAACGUGAACUCCGUCUGGACACGACUGGCUGCGCCGUUCUUAUCAACUGAACAAGUAAACGAGAACAAUGGUGUAAAAAAAGAUGAGACAAAAACGCCCAUUACUUUCUUCACCGCUGUCCCGACGAUCUGGUCACGAAUGCUGAAAGCACACGAAUCUUUAUCGCACGAUAUGCAAACGGCUGGCAAAAUAGCCGUAUCCCCGACGAACCUCCGACUCAACAUCUCGGGCUCAGCAGCCCUCCCGAAACCUAUCCGCGAUGGUUGGAUGCAUCUCACAGGCGGAAACGUACUUCUCGAGCGCUAUGGAAUGACCGAAGUCGGAAUGGCGCUCUCUUGCGGUCUUGAGACUGCCGAUCGCGUUGAUGGCUCUGUAGGCUGGCCACUGCCGUCCGUUGAGGCGCGGCUCAUGGAAACAGACGAUGAGACUGGAGUUCAAAGAAUCAUUGAGCACGGUGCUGAGAUCGAUGUUCACUCUAGAAAGGAGCGUAUUGGAGAGAUUCAGCUUCGUGGGCCCACGGUGUUCACUGGAUAUUGGCGCAACCCUGAGGCCACAGCCAAAGAAUUCACAACCGAUGGAUGGUUCAAGACAGGCGAUAUCGCCAUUCGACGAAAAGUCCCGGAAUCUGGUCUUGGAAGAUCAGGCUCCUGGGCGAAAGGACCAGCAUAUUUCAUCCAAGGCCGUCGCAGUGCAGACAUCAUCAAGACAGGUGGCGAGAAGGUUUCAGCCCUCGAGGUCGAGCGCGAGAUCCUCGCCCUUCCUGAAGUCGAUGAGUGUGCCGUCGUUGGUCUACCCUCUGAGGCAUGGGGGCAAAAGGUCGCAGCUGUGAUUGUUCUCAGCAGCAAGGCCGGCGAAUCGAUCAGUCUACAAAGUUUGAGGAGUGCGUUGAAGACGAGGAUCACAGCGUAUAAAAUCCCGCAGGAUAUGCAGAUCGUUGAGGUUUUGCCACGGAAUGCUAUGGGUAAGGUUAAUAAGAAGGAGUUGGUCAAGAGUGUUUUUGGAGAGGCGGAGAAGAUCAGGAGGAGAAGCAUUGAUCUUCAAACAAAGCGGCCUGUUCUAAAUGGUCAACGUGGUUAA